AUGGCAGUCGUAUCUUCAUCUCUUACGGAACUGUCCGCCGUAUCAUCGCCAGACUCCUUCCGCACCGCGUUCCAGUCGCCCCCAGGCCCUGAUGCCAUGGACAGCCCGAUCGUUCCCGCCGGUCCCAGGUAUACUUUGGCGAACCAGCUUCCUCGCGAGCUAAAGGCGCAUUGCCAGAUUUACCUAGAAGAGCAUCUUUACAAUGGCGCACUCGGGCUCCUCAAUAGCCUCCUCACCGCAGGCUCCUCUCGACAGGAUGUUGCCAAAAAAGCCGUUUACGUGCCACCGGUGACGCAUCUCGCUCUACUCAAUACCCUCAUUAUCCCCCCGAGCCAUACCACACGUGCUGCUGGCCCCGACCGGCUCGAAGUCGGCUCCCAGACUCUUGGCUACUUGCGCAACCUCCUCGCAAUCGUCGGACCCAUCCACGCAGGCUUCAAGGGUGCCUUCCAGUUCCACGGAGGAGGCUACGGCCGCCGGAACCGAUACCAUGACGAGGAGGAUGACGAGAUCGAUGGCGAUCAGAUAGGCAAUAAGAUGGCUGGCGAGGACAGUAUCUGGCACCGUGCCCAAGAUUUCUGGGCCGUCGUUGGAUGGGCGUUCAACUGCAGUUGCGUCCACCCCAACCGAUGGCGCUACUGGAAGACCUGGCUGGAGUUCAUGCUCGACGUCCUUGAAGCUGACCUUAAGGAGCGUAGGCGGAUGGACGAAGAGGCGAUGGGCUCCUCCCAGGACACGGACUGGACGAACUUGAAGGGGGCUAUCCUCGUCAUGUACGUCAAGCAAAAGGCCGACUCCAACCGGAGUGGCUUGAAGAUGAUUUCGCAAGCCCUCUUUGCCGAUGGCUACACCUCGGCCAUGAGCAAAUUUCCUGAGAUUUUCAACAGGGAGACCAAGGGCUUGCCGAGCGAAGACACGAAGCGCAAGAGGAUGGCCACUCUAGACAUUGAGAAUGACCAGUUUGGGGACUACUUUGAUGACGACCUGGUGGAAUCAGACGACCAGCAGUCUCAAUCUGAGGAACCACCCACUCCACGCACACCAUCGAGACGGGCAGGUGCGUUUGUGACGCCGGAAUUGGCUGAGUCUAUUCCCUUGCGUCUGCGUCUCAUGGAUCUGUUAUCUGAAGUCUCUGAACGUCUGCCGUAUGACUUUCAGUCUCACAGAGACUACGUAGCGGACCUCAUCAUGCAUCUCAAAGCGCAACCUCUAGCAUACUUCCAGCAGUUUAUCUCGGACAUGGGUUCUCACGUUGGUCGCGCUUUCGAGAUCGACUUUUUGACGACCGAGCUGGACCACUUGUUGCCGUCGCGAUACCAAGACCCCAGGAAGGUCGCACCUUCGAGCGGUGGCAUCAUCGUCAACGCUGAAGUAAUGGAGCACUGCUAUCUGCCGCACCAUGCGAAUACCGUUGACCCAACAGACAAUGCACGUCUCGCAUUGAUACUCGAAAACCUGCUGCACCAAAUGUCCCCCGAGGAAAUAAAAGCUGCCAAGGAUAAGCUCCAUACGGCUGCUGAGUCGGGCAUUGAGGCACGCAAGUGGAAGGCUAGCGGCCGCAAGGUGAUGAAGACGAGGAAUGGUAAGAAGCAAAAGGACUUGGGCGACAAAGACCGCUAUGCAAUGGAGAUGAUGGAUCUAGCUGGAGAGCGCAUUCUGUUGUACAUUGACAUCAUGGGCUCUUUCUCAGAGGACUCUGAUGAUGACAUGACAGACUGA